AUGGGGUCAAACACACUUGGGAAGGCUGCAACCUUAGACGAGCUUUUGAACACUUGUAUUGAGAUGUUUGAUGACAAAGGAAAUCAGUGCUCCAGCCAUUUGCCAAGAACCUUUCUUUUAAUGCACCGGUGGUAUUUGCCUUCCACAGAGCUGGCUGGCAAGCUUCUGGCCACUUACAGAGAUGCCAAUGGAGAGAACUGCAAUGAAUUCAGAUUAAAAAUCUGUUAUUUCAUGAGAUACUGGAUUUUGGAGUUUCCUGCGGAGUUUAACUUGGAUCUUGGGCUGAUUCGUUUGACUGAAGAGUUUCAAGAAGUAGCCAGCCAGCUUGGAUAUGAGGAUCACAUCCAUCUGAUUGAUAUCUCUAGCAUUCCUUCCUAUGACUGGAUGAGAAGAGUCACACAGAGAAAGAGGAUUUCCAAGAAAGGAAAAGCCUGUCUGCUGUUUGACCAUCUGGAGCCCAUUGAGCUAGCUGAACAUCUCACUUUUCUGGAGCAUAAAUCUUUUAGGAGGAUUUCUUUCACAGACUACCAAAGCUAUGUGAUCCACGGCUGCUUGGAGAACAACCCUACUUUGGAGAGAUCUAUUGCUUUAUUUAAUGGUAUCUCCAAAUGGGUCCAGCUUAUGGUUCUCAGCAAACCAACACCCCAGCAAAGGGCAGAAGUAAUUACAAAGUUUAUCAAUGUUGCACAGAAGCUCCUUCACCUCCAGAACUUCAACACACUGAUGGCUGUUGUGGGAGGUCUAAGCCACAGCUCUAUUUCUCGCCUAAAAGAAACUCACUCUCAUCUGUCUUCAGAGGUCACAAAGGACUGGAACGAAAUGACAGAGCUGGUCUCUUCCAAUGGAAACUACUGCAACUACCGCAAGUCUUUUGCUGACUGUAUUGGCUUCAAAAUUCCUAUUUUAGGAGUUCAUUUGAAGGACUUGAUUGCUGUUCAUGUGAUUUUUCCUGACUGGAUAGAUGAGAACAAAGUUAACAUAGUGAAAAUGCAACAACUUUCCAUCACCUUGAGUGAACUGGUUUCCCUGCAAACUGCCUCCCAUCAUUUAGAGCCUAAUAUGGAUUUAAUUAACCUGCUAACCCUGUCCCUGGACCUCUAUCAUACUGAGGAUGAUAUCUACAAGCUCUCACUGGUGCUGGAACCAAGGAACUCCAAAUCUCAGCCUACCUCCCCAACAACCCCUAACAAGCCAGUAGUGCCACUGGAAUGGGCAUCUGGAGUGGUACCAAAACCUGACCCUACUGUCAUUAACAAGCACAUUCGAAAGUUGGUGGAUUCUGUCUUUAGGAACUAUGAUCAUGACCACGAUGGCUAUAUUUCUCAGGAAGACUUUGAAAGUAUAGCUGCCAACUUCCCAUUUUUGGACUCUUUCUGUGUACUGGACAAAGAUCAAGAUGGUCUUAUAAGCAAAGAAGAAAUGAUGGCUUAUUUUCUGAGAGCUAAAUCACAGUUCCAGUGUAAAAUGGGACCUGGGUUUAUUCAUAACUUCCAGGAAAUGACCUAUCUUAAACCAACUUUCUGUGAGCACUGUGCAGGAUUUCUCUGGGGUAUAAUCAAACAAGGCUACAAAUGCAAAGAUUGUGGUGCCAACUGUCAUAAGCAAUGCAGAGACCUGCUUGUGCUGGCAUGCAGGAAAUUUUCCAGAGGAACCUCAGUAGGCAGCAACCAUGGCUCUCUGCCUAGCAGUCCAUCUCUGCCUCCAGUCCAGGAUGAAGUAUUUGAAUUCCCCAGUGUUGCUGCAGAACACCAGGACCUUGAUGGCAGAGCUAUCACCCUUGUCACUGGCUCUUCACGGAAAAUUUCGGUGCGGCUGCAGAGGGCGACCACCAGUCAAGCAACACAGACAGAACCACUCUGGCAUGAGCCAGGCUGGAAUGAUUCAGGUUCCCAUACUUUCCCCAAAAUGAAGUCCAAGUUCCAUGGCAAAGCUGGGAAGAACAAAGGCUUUGCAAAAUGGGAGAACGAAAAGCCCAACGUGCAGGCUGAUGUAGAGCUAGAAGGUGAAGACCCACAACACAUACAGGAUCACAACGGAAUAGAAACCCUCCUAGAAAGACAAGAAUCUGAGGAUAGCUGAUUGCUCACCCCGAAGCACAGAAAAAUGAAGAUG